ACAACGGCCUUAUUGGAUUCUGAAGCAUUCUCUUGCUACAUCGAUCAGAGAUUCGCUGAGAAGCACGGGUUUAAGUUGAUACCUCUAAACCAUGAAAUCAGAAUCCUCAACGCAGACACCAGCCCCAACAAGGGUGGCAGUUUGCUCGUCACAAACCUCGGACGCAUGUCAAUGAUCCUUGGCAUGAAGUUUUUACAAGAACAUAACCCCUGA